UCAACAGUUUCAGACAAAUAUGGCAACAUUGUUCUUGGUCUUCUUCGAGACUAAUUAACACAAGCUGCUAUUUCUUCAUUCUUUACAAAUUCUAGCCAUUUUACACACACAUAUACACAAAACACAUAUCUUGUAACAGUAUAUAUAUACACACACACACACACAAGAGAAGAUGGAAGAAGACCAGAAGAAGUUCCUCCAUGGAACACUUGAGUUCACCAUCUUUGAUGCAACGCCCUAUUCUCCCCCAUUUCCUCUCAGUGUAAGUCUUUCAAAGAUUUUCGGCUGUCCCAUGAUGUUUAUGUAUAGACCAAUACCUUAUAUGUUUAUACAAUGUGUGUGUGUGUGUGUGUAUGUAUAUAUUAUGUAUAAUUUACUCAAGGUUCUCUCUCGACAGUGUAUAAUCACUAGGCCGAAACCGGCUUACGUAACCAUCAAGUUAAACAAGAAGAGAGUGGCCAAGACAAGCUCGGAACGUGACCGUGUCUGGAACCAGACAUUCCAGAUCCUCUGCGCUCACCGAGCCGCCGAUACAGCCAUCACCAUCACUCUCAAGACACGCUGCUCGGUCCUCGGGAGAUUCCACGUCACCGCAGAACAGAUCCUGAGCUCUGAUCCGGCCAUCAUCCAUGGAUUCUUCCCGCUUGUUGCAGAGAAGGGAACAAACCCUAGCCCUAACUUGAAGCUCAAGUUUCUGAUGUGGUUCAUACCGGCUUAUCACCAGCCAGGAUGGAGCAGAGUGAUUGAAGGGCAGUCGCCGUUCCGGGGGAUUAAGAACGCUAGUUUCCCACAGAGAUCGAACUGCAGAGUUGUGUUGUAUCAGGAUGCUCACCACAAUACCGGUUUCGAUCCUAGGGUUAGUGACGUUUCUUGGAACCCAAGAAACCUCUGGGAAGAUGUUUACAGAGCAAUUGAAGGUGCCAGGCACUUGGUUUACAUCGCUGGAUGGGCUUUGAACCCUAAUCUCGUUCUGGUUCGUGACAUGGAGUCAGAGAUUCCACAUGCGAUCGGAGUCGCAAUCGGAGAAUUGUUGAAAAGGAAAGCCGAGGAAGGCGUGGCGGUGAGGAUAAUGCUGUGGAACGACGAGACGUCUCUGCCUUUGAUUAAGAACAAAGGACUGAUGCGUACGGACGACGAGACGGCGUUUUCGUAUUUCCGGAACACAAAGGUUGUCUGCAGAUUGUGUCCGAGAUCUCACAACAAGCUUCCCACCGCAUUCGCUCACCACCAGAAGACAAUCACCGUCGAUUCCCGAGUUCCUGACACGACAACGAACGAGCGAGAGAUCGUGAGCUUCAUUGGCGGUCUUGACCUCUAUGACGGCAGGUAUGACACGGAAGAGCAUUCUUUGUUUCGUACACUCGGCAAAAAUCAUUCGAAGUUUCCGGAUUUUUACCAGACAAGUGUGUCGGGAGCCAAGCUGAGCAGGGGCGGGCCAAGGGAGCCGUGGCAUGACUGUCACGCGUGCGUGAUGGGCGAAGCAGCUUCUGACAUCCUAAGAAACUUUGAGCAACGGUGGACAAAACAAUGUGACCCGUCACUUCUCGUGAACACAUCGGCGAUCAGAAACCUCGUGACGGACCCAUCUCGGACUCGGGGCAAACAAGACGGGACAUGGAACAUCCAAGUGUUCAGAUCGAUAGAUCACGUCUCUGCGACUGAGAUGCCGAGAGGUCUAUCCGUCGAGAAGAGUAUCCACGACGCGUACAUCGAGGCGAUACGACGGGCUGAGAGGUUUAUAUACAUCGAGAACCAGUAUUUCAUGGGAAGCUGCGAUCAAUGGGAGAACAAAAAUGACAGAGUCGGGAGCGGAUGCACAAACCUGAUCCCGGUGGAGAUAGCCCUCAAGAUCGCGGCAAAGAUCCGAGAUCGAGAGAGAUUUGCUGUAUAUAUAGUGAUGCCGAUGUGGCCAGAGGGGCCACCCGAUAGCGAGGCAGUGGAGGAGAUUCUUCACUGGACGAGAGAAACAACCGCAAUGAUGUAUCGGAUAAUAGGCGAAGCCAUAAGAGAGGAGAUUGGAUAUAACGACGAGAUUCAUCCUAAGGAUUAUCUCAACUUCUUCUGUCUGGCUAACAGAGAAGAGAAGAGAGACGGAGAUUUCACGGCGAACUCGUCGCCACGUCCAAACACGCAUUACUGGAACGCCCAGAGGAACCGGAGGUUCAUGGUGUAUGUUCACUCCAAGCUCAUGAUAGUGGACGAUGCAUACCUACUGAUAGGAUCAGCCAACAUAAACCAGAGAUCAAUGGACGGAAGCCGAGACACCGAGAUCGUGAUCGGAUGCUACCAACCCGAGCGCCAAAUCGACGUAAACGAUAUCCGAGCAUAUCGGAUUUCACUUUGGUACGAGCAUACAGGUGGUCUCAUCACACCUGACGAGUUAUCAUCAUGGGAGCCAGAGAGCCCGGAAUGCGUCCGGGGCUUGCGGGUAAUGGGAGAACGGAUGUGGGGAGUUUACAGCGGAGACGAGGUGGUGGAUAUGGGCGGCGCCCACUUGGUCACAUACCCGAUCAGUGUCACGAAGGAUGGUGAGGUGGAAGAUAUUUCCGAUGGAGUUUUUCCCGACACGAAGACACCAGUGAAAGGGAAGCGCUCGAGGAUGUUGCCUCCUAUCCUUACGACCUGAACGUGUAUAUAUACAAACACAAAUAUGAGCAAGAAAGAAUGAAAGGAAGAUAUGUAUAUGUUAAUGCAUAUGUAUAUAUAUGAGCAAUAACAUCAUCUUAUGUUAACA